GAGCCACUUCCUGCGGUUGAAAUCUUAUCUCGACGGUGAAGACCUCCUCUGAACUCUCUUGUUGGAUGCUUUGGUCAUUGAAAUACCACCUUCUCACUGAUUCCUUUAAAUAUUUUUCUUCGCUGAUACCCCGCCUCCUCCAAUAACCCCACUACAUUUACUCCCCACCUGCAACAUGGUGCUUGACUACAGCAAGUGGGAUGCACUGGAGCUAUCUGAUGACUCAGAUAUUGAGGUGCACCCAAAUGUCGAUAAGCGGUCUUUCAUCCGGGCCAAGCAGGCUCAGAUUCAUCAGCAGCGUGAACAGCGCCGUCACGAUAUCAAGACCCUAAAGUAUGAGCGCAUUAUCAAUGAUGGCCUACUUUCGCGCAUCGACAAGCUCCUUGAUUCUCUCAAGCAACAUGAAGACUCCUCGGCGUCCCCUGAGCAAUUCAUCUUCCAGACCAUCAUGGAAUUCGCCAGCAACCCUACCGAAGACCAAGCCCCGCCACCCCCAGAGGGUGUUCACACUCACGAGAAGGAACAACCCAAGUACUCGGCGAUGAUGAGUGCGUUGAUAGACCAGGUCAAGAAGGAGUUUGGAGAUUCCAAACCGGAAAACAUGUUCAAGGCUUAUAUCACGGGUGUGCAAGGACACAAGGACAAGGUGCAGGGCUUGCAGAAGGAGCUGUUGACGAGAUUGGCCCAGUUGGAGAAGGAGGAGAAGAGCAAGAUCACCAGCGAAGGCUUGCACGAUGGAUUCAACACUUCACAUGUGUCCAAGGCUGAUCCAAAGGCUAAAUCUACUGCGCCAGCCAAGAAAGCUGAAGUGGAGCUCCUGAACCCCGGUGCUGGACCAUCUUCGGCCGCACAGGCUGAGGAUGAGGACGAUGACGAUGACCCGGCGAACAUUGAGAUUAGCCCGCUGGCCAAGCGAUUUGCUAAGCUCAAGCCCAAUGACUACCUGGCAUACCAGCGCUUCAUUACCGAGCACCCUGAAAUCGUUGCCGAGAAGGAGACAGAUGGCCUGCUGGUCGAGGCCUUCAACAGCCAGCUCAAGGGCGAGGAUGCGUACGCUCGCCAGUGUGUGCACCAGGGUCUGCUUCUGCAGUACUGUCGUUCCCUCGGCCCUGACGGCAUCAAGCUUUUCUUCGGCCGCAUCACGACCAAGGAGCAUCGCGCUGCGACCCUGUUCACCAAUGAUGUGAACGACACCUACAACCGUAUCAAGACCCGUGCGGCUGAGCUUAGCAAGGAGAACUCUGCAUCCAAUGACCCGGCUGGCGUUGAGCAGAUCCAAUUGCAUGCCGUGGACCCCAACACCAAGAUUACCAUCAACAUUCCCGCCGCAAACAGCGAGGAUCCUACUGAGAUUGAGGCCCGUAAGAUUUUCGAGUCUUUCUCGGCCGAGCUCCAAAAGGCAUUAGCAUCCGAGUCGCUGGACGAGGUCAACAAGGUUCUUGGCAAGAUGUCCGUUGAGGAAGCGGAGGUUGUUGUUGAGCAGCUGGGCAAUGGUGGUAUGCUCAGCCUGGAGGAGGGCAUCAUCGAUGGAACCACAGAAGAAGGCCAAAAGAAGCUCGCCGAAAUUGAGGCAGAGGCUAAGCAGGACGUUGGCGAGCCAGGUGGUGAUGUAACCGAAUUGGACUAAAACGAGAAUACCCCCUAACAAAAUCAUGAGACAUAUUGCGACGAGCAACGAAUGAAGCAUCAUGCAUGAAGUACUACGUCUUUGUAUCUAUUAAAUGCUCUGCAUACUUUUCAUACUCAAUCCAGGCUGAUUACAGAAAUUCUAUAACGUCUACCAUUAAUGGCGUUGACAUGAUUGAGAUAUGGGAAUUCUUGGUAUUAACGUUGCCGUCAGUCUGAAAUAUUUAAUUUACACAGAUCUCCUGGGCUAGUUCGCUGCAUGGAGUGAAAGGCAUGGAGUGAAAGAAAAUCAUGGGUGAAAGGGGUAGAUGAAGGGAAGCAAAAUCGUGGAUAAAAUAGGUGAAUGGGGGGAAAACAAAGAUGAGCCUUUUGAGGAGAUCUGCGGCUGAUGGAUGGCUCUUGAAAAUGAAGAACAAGAACGUGAAAUGGCCCCGAGUCCGCACGCUGGUGAUAAUCAGGAGCUUCCUGCAAGCCCGGCUUUCUCAGGCCCCUGAGUUUCCAGAUGUCUUGAACGCUUUAAGUUAGAUACCGGUAGCACCGGGAGCCUCCUCGUCCUUCUGCAGGUCGAUCAGCAGCUUGCGGAACCGCUCUUUGCCCGAGCCACUGGCGCCGCCAGCGGAGCCCACACCUGAAACAUCAACCAGCUUGGCAAUGCGUCCCCAAGAAGUACCACCAGCAGAGGUGUUCUCGCGGUUGGCCAGGAACUGUUCAGCCUCAGCGCGGGCCUGAGCCUUUGUCUUGUCGAUCUUGUUGUUGUAGGCUACGUAGAAGUCGUCGAUGUCCUGCUGGGCCUUCUUUAGGGUGGCUUCCUUCUUCUCCUGGGAAAUCUGUGCGCGGCGAGCGAGCUCGGCGUCCCGCUUCUCACGCCAUAG